UUGCCCAUCUACCACAGUCUAGCUCAACCUCCCUCAUCGCCCACACGUCUUGUAAGAUACUGAACGACCCCCACUACCUUCUUCCCUCCCUCCGUACCUCAACGUGCGCGUGCACACACAUACACACACACACUGGGGAGGAGCUCGUCGACCCCAGGUGUGUUCAUGGCGGGGCAGCAGUGACCGUGGUCCCAGGAUGGUGGGCAGUGUGGUGGCCGCCGCCAUCCUGGCCCUCGUGGGGCUGGCCUGUGCCCAUCCUGACAGUGACACCCUGGAUGCUGUCGACGUGGGCAUCAGCAAACGAGACCUUGAGUUUAACCAGUACGUGCCGGGGUACAGGCUACGGGGGGAGCCCAGCUGUGAGGAGCUAAGGGAAAUGUGGAGACUGAGCAAGAGGGAAGCCCGACGAGCCACGUCCACCAACCAGCUCCCCAGGACACGAUCCUACAACUACGGCAGAUUUAGGACUUUUGCUCCUGACCCUAUCGCUCGCCCCUCCGCGCCCAUCUAUGGCAGCGCGAGGCACUAUCAGAUGGGGUCGCCACACAAGGGUUCCUUUGAGGUACUGCGGGCCAUGCUGGGGCCCGGAGACCGCCGGGGCAAGUAUGAUACUGUGCAUCGGAAACUGAAAGCAGCGCGGGGGCCAGGCCGCUCCUCCUCCGGCAAAUACGACGAACUGCGGAGGAUUAUGGCAGUAGAGCGUCAAGAGCCGCUCCCCGUCGCCCUAUCUCUCCGGGCAGCUCGGGAGACCCUCCAACCCGCCCCCAAGUCUCGCAGGGAACCCGCCGUUAUGUCUCCCAGGACGAUGCGAGGCUCUACGCAAUUCAGCCAACAGGGUUUCGUGGGUCCCCUACUGCCUGCAGACUCCAGAGUGUCCACCUUCACCCAGUGGCAGCCCCCAGCGCCUGACCCGGGCAUGGUGAGUACCCGGCCCUCCUCAACUGUACCUUCAUACUCAGG